CUGAUCUCUCUGCCACCUUACGCUGAUAUCUCUCGACUCCCGCAUUACCAUGCCUUCAACAUUCCUCCAUUCACCGGAAGAGGCAAGGAAAAGGUAGAAGAAGUCAAAAACCCUUGUUUUCAAAGUGAAAACAGCCAGAAGGGAGGGAACAACAGAAAGAGGGGGGAAAAGACGGGAGAAAGGAGGGGGUAAGUGCAGGGAAAAGGAGAGUGCGAAAAAAAAUUAAGUCAGAAAGAGCGGAGAGAGGUGACAGGAGGAGGAGUGAGAAGUGAGGAGAGGAGCGCGUGAAGGAGCGCGGAGACGGAUUGCGUGGUGGACAUGGGUCUGUGUGCUGUGUUGUUGAUCUGUCUCUCGCAGGCAGAGCUGACCAGAGUGUGGGCUCAGGAGCAGAGAGGUUUAUUGCAUGGGCAGUCACCUCAGACUUAUGGAGGUCUAUCACACAUCCAGAGAAUAAGAAGAGACCAACAGGAUCCCAGCAGACGCACUCAGAACAGAACUGGGCAAGAGCCGUCGAAUGGCGUCUCCAUUGACAAGCUCCCUGACAACAUGACACAAGUGGUGGAAGAUUCUAAAAGGUACUACUCCUGGCGCAGUUUUGGUCCCAGUGACAAACAAAUACAGGAGCUCUGGGUGGAUCUGGACUCCGUCCAUCAAGGGCCUGUCCGAGUCCAUGGCAUCCUGUCAAACACCCACCGUCAGGCUUCGCGAGUGGCUCUUACCUUUGACUUCCCCUUCUAUGGACACCAAGUGAGACAAAUCACCAUAGCAACUGGAGGUUUUAUUUUCACUGGAGAAAUCACACAUCGCAUGCUGACUGCAACUCAAUAUAUUGCUCCACUAAUGGCAAACUUUGACCCCAGUUUCUCUAAAAACUCCACUGUACGGUAUUUGGACAACGGUGAUAUAUUUGUGGUGCAGUGGGACAAAGUGAGGCUGAAGGAUCGAGAGUCGGAGGGAGCUUUUACAUUCCAGGCUGUUCUUCGACGUAAUGGGACCAUUGUCUUUGGCUACAGAGACGUUCCAUUGCCUGUGGAGAAAAUCAACUCCACUGAGCACCCAGUGAAAGUUGGACUGUCUGAUGCUUUUAUGGCUCUUCUGUCUUCUCUACAGUCUCCAGAUGCUAAAAGAAGGACUAUCUAUGAAUACCAUCGGGUGGAAAUCGACACAACAAAGAUUGUCAAUAGCUCAGCUUUCGAGUUCAGCCCUUUACCCACCUGCCUCCAGCACACCACCUGCGAACACUGUCUCCAGUCCAACCUAACAUUAGGCUGCGGGUGGUGCAAUACUCUACAAAGGUGUUCAGAUGGAAUAGACAGAUACAGGCAGGAAUGGCUGGAUUACAGUUGCUCUGAGGAGGCAAAAGGAACAUGUGAAGAUUACGCUCAGGGAGGACUAGGCAGUUCAAUGAGUCCUUUUAGUUCUUCACCCCCGCUGGCCACUCUCUCCCCUGCAGCCCAACCCGCCACCCCUAUGACCGAGGAUGACACCAAACAGCUCUUUCACCACCAUGGCGAUGACCCUUUGGGUGAGGAUGAGGCACCAGAACACACGGCAAUAAUCGCAGGUGUGGUGGCAGCUCUAGUUCUGCUGGUGUUCCUGACUCUGUUGGCUGUCUACUACAUUAACACACAUCCAACUGUUGCUCCUCCAUUCUACCUCAUGCAGCGCCGCACCAAUAACUAUUGGCCCUCCAUGAAGUUCCGGAAUCAGGGAUGUCAUUCUAGCUACGCUGAGGUUGAGCUUGGGGGUUAUGAGAAAGAGGGCUUCAUUGAGGCGGAGCAGUGCUGAGGCGGGACGGACAGACAGAAGAAAGUUUUUCAGUUCUUAGGCGUUUUUAUUGAAUGUUUUAGGAACAAAGACAAAAAGGUUCAAUGAAAGGUUAUCACAGAUGCAGGAUUUUUUCUUCUCUGUCUCCCCACAAUUUGCAUUCUAUCCUGUUUGUUUAUGAGGAAGGAGGAUGUAAUUCUAAGACAUGGUGAUUGUGACCAGCAAAUCUGCUAACUUCACUCCUUAUGAAUUAUGAGAAAGGGAUGUGUGUUAUCCAAACGUAUUGCAGUUAUUGUACAGCAUAUCUUUAUAGAUUUUUCAUUUUGAAAAAGAUAUUUUGUGAUUUAUAAUGAGCUGUGUUUGGUGGAGAAAAAAAAGCAUAAUACUCAGUUAGCCACAUGGACUUUACAGCACUUUAAUUGAAUUAGCUUACUCUAGUAUUAAUUGUACAACAGACCUUUUUUUUACGUUUUGCCCUCUUGUUGAAUUAUGAAACUGAUUUGCACAUAAACAUUUGAUAAUAUAUUGAUGGAACGCACAAGACAACAAGACAGAUUUAAAAAAAUUAAAUGUUAAAUGUUUCUUUUUUCUUUUCGAGGCAAUCAAAAGCAUUAUAACAGAAAUUGUUUCAGACUGUCUUCUGAAGUAAAACGUAAAGCUAUACCACUUGUUGCAUUUGUGUAUGUACAAAGUGUUUUCCUGCUGAGCUCUAUACAAACAAUCUAAAAUUUCAAACAUGUGACCAAAUCCAAAACAAAGUUAGUGGAUUUCUUAUCCGUUUAAUGCUAUUUCAUUGUUACAUUUUAACCAUACAGUAUGUUAAUAGUACAAUAAAAAUAAAAUGAGAUGUUUU